AUGAAUAAUCAUGUUGAGUUGGUGUUGAUUUAGUAUAAAAAUAAUACUUAUUUAUAGUUUUGUUUAAUUGAUAGGAGUGGAAGUAUGCAUGGAGAUAAGUUAAUAAUGGUUAAAAAAACAUUAGUUUAAUUGUUAGAAUUUCUUGGAGAUAAGGAUUGACUUUAAUUAAUUGUAUUUGAUGGUUAAGCAUAAAGAAUUACACCUUUAAAUUAUGCAACAACUGAAAAUAAAUUAUAUUUUAAAGAAAAGAUAGCUUCUAUUUAAUCUGGUGGAGAUACUAAGAUAGCAGUGCUUUUUAAUUAGCACUAGAUGAAUUAAAAUAAAGAUAAGUGAUAAAUGAUGUUAGUUCAAUAUUUUUGUUAUCUGAUGGUUAAGAUUCAACUGCAUUUGUAGAAAUUUAAAAUAGUGUUUCAAAAGUGAAAGAUGUUUUCUCUAUUCAUUGUUUUGGUUUUGAGCGAGAUAAUGAUACUAAUAUGAUGACAUCUAUUUGUAAUUUAAAGAAUGGUAGUUUUUACUUUGUGUAAGAAAUAGAUUUGUUGGAUGAAUUCUUUGCUGAUGCUUUUGGUGGUUUGAUUACUGUAAUAGGUGAAUAAUUAGAAAUUAAAGCUUCAAUUUAAUCAACCUCUCCUUUUGAAAAUGUUUCUAUUUCUAAGACUUAUGGAAAAAUGUGGUAAAAAAUAGAUAAAGACUAUAUUAUCAAAUUGCCACAUAUUGUUUCAGGAACUAGAAAAGAUUUUGUAUUUGAAUUAUGCUGGCCUACUUGUUAGAAUAUUGAUGAAAAAGAUAAAGAAUAUAAAGUUCUUGAUGUAUCAAUGACUUUAUAAAAUCCAAUUACUAAAUAAGUAAUUUAAAAAGAUGAUAGUUUGAUUGUUAAAAUUGUUAAUUCUGAUAAUUCAAUUAUUUAAAAUGAAUAAGAUUUGGAUGCUUUAACUGAAUAUUACAGGGUUAAAGGAACUGAAACUAUUUUAAAUGCUAAAUAAUUAUGUGAUGAGGAUGAUUUUGAUCAAGCAAAACUCUUGAUAUAAAGUAUGCUUAUAAAAAUUAAACCAAAUGAAUUUAUCUUAGCUUUAUGUUAGGGAAUAGUAUAAGAUUUAGAGUAAGCAGUAUAAGCAUGUGAAAGAAACAGAUUUUAAAAUUAUGGUAAUAGCUAAAUGAUUUAGUUUGUGUCUAAUAAUUUUCAACAAAUAGGAUCCAAUUCCAUUUUCAAUUCCCUAGGACAAAAAUUAUCUUCUUACUCAACCUUCAUACUCAAAUACAAUGCAAUCUCUUUUGAGAAGUUAAGUUUAAGAUUUUAGAAUUUCAUAGUAAAGUGA